UCUCUCACUCUCCCGCAGUCGUUAAGUCAGACAGCAAAGGAGGAAGGGAAGGCAGAGAGACCGAGGGAGGUCUGACGACACCAGCCCACCUCACCUAUCCUCAAUGCUCAGACUGAUCAAUGCAAGCAAGCAGCCGGGUCACAUCUGGCUCUGAUUUAUUCUGGAGGAACAUCAAGGCUUUUUGGAACCGAGCUGUCACUCUGCAAGUAGAGUGUGCAACCCUUUCUCUGCCAGGACCAAAUCUAAAAGGAGCUCUCGGAGCAGUGCAUGUGCAAGUGUCCAUGGCGGGAGUGAGCAGUGGUUUUGAGUGCUGGAGGUCCAAUGUAAGGAUGGAGGACAAAUGUUCCAGGUUAACGGUGUUCUGCACCGUCUGCUGAUCCAGCCUCCCAGGGAACAUCCAGCCAAACGAAGAAGAAGAAGCAGAAGCAGAAGAAGCAGAAGAAGCAGAUAAAGAGACAAGAACUUAAUUCACCGGCAACCUUUGGUUUUCCUCCAGUGGUGAAAGAUGCUGUGGUGCAGCUUUGACCACCACUUGCUCUCACUGGCGGCACUUCUCGUAAUUGUGAGCUGUGGAGGAGGGGAGCAAAGGAGAGGGACGGAUAGCAGCGCCAGCGGCACAGGUGGCAGCAGCAGCAGCAGCGGCAGCAGCAGUGGAUCAACUGGUAGCAGCAGUAGUAGUAACUACAGCAGCAGACGCUCCCACAAGAUCCAGCACGGCCAGUGCACCUACACCUUCAUCCUACCUGAGGAGGAUGGAGCCGGAGGCGGCGGCUGCAGGGAGGCGAAAGCCAGGGAUCCCCAGUACAACGCCAACUCUCUGCAGAGGGACGCUCCGCCACCUGAGCCAGAGUUUCCAAACCAGAAGAUCCAGCAGCUCGAGCACAUUAUGGAGAAUUAUACCCAGUGGCUGCAGAAGAUUGAAAACUACAUCAAAGAGAGCAUGAAGACGGAGAUGGCCCAGCUGCAGCAGAGCGCCGUCCACAACCACACGGCAGCCAUGUUGGAAAUGGGCACCAACCUCCUUUCUCAGACCGCCGAGCAGACGCGCAAGCUGACUGACGUGGAGACGCAGGUCCUGAAUCAGACGUCGAGGCUCGAGAUCCAGAUGCUGGAAAAUUCUCUCUCCACUAAUAAGCUGGAGAAGGAGCUAAUGGUCCAGACCAACGAGAUCAGCAAGCUGCAUGACAAGAACAGCCUCAUGGAGCAGAAGAUGUCAGAGAUGGAGACGCGGCACCACGAGGAGCUAGAGACACUGAAGCAGGAGAAGGGAAGCCUCCAGACCCUGGUGGGGAGGCAGAGCGGCGUUAUCCGGGAGCUAGAAACCCAGCUGAGCCGCGCCACGGGAAACAGCACAGCCCUGCAGAGACAGCAGCAGGAGAUGAUGGAUACCGUCCACAACCUGCUCAACCUCUGCUCCAAAGACGGAGUUGUUCCUAACAGCACAAAGGUCGCGGACGAAGAGAAGAAGUUCCGCGACUGUGCCGACCUCUACCUGGCCGGCUUCCAUAAGAACGCCAUCUACACCAUCCAGAUCAACGCCCUGGAGACCAAAAAGGUUUAUUGCAACAUGGAGACAGCCGGUGGUGGAUGGACGGUGAUCCAGCGCAGAGAAGACGGCAGCAUGGACUUCCAGAGGACGUGGAAGGAGUACAAGAUGGGUUUUGGCAGCGUGUCCGCAGAGCACUGGCUGGGGAACGAGUACGUUUACCAGUUGACCAGUCAGCGGCAGUACGCUCUGCGUGUGGAGCUGACAGACUGGGAUGGACACCAGGCCUUCUCUCUGUACGACCGCUUCCAAAUUGGCAGCGAGAAACAGAACUACAGGCUGUUCCUGAAGAGCCACAGUGGGACCGCGGGCCGACAGAGCAGCCUGGUGAUCCACGGAGCAGACUUCAGCACCAAGGACAUGGACAAUGACAACUGCCAGUGCAAGUGCGCCCUCAUGCUCACCGGAGGUUGGUGGUUCGACGCCUGCGGCCCGUCCAACCUCAACGGCAUGUACUUCACCCAAGGGCAGCACAUAGGGAAGCUGAACGGUAUCAAGUGGCACUACUUCAAGGGCCCCAGCUACUCGCUACGAGCCACGGCCAUGAUGAUCCGCCCACUGGACUUCUCGUAGUCUUUUGAACCCGUGAACUUUUAAAGGUAGAACAUUAAAGGGACGCUUCCUAUUUUAUCCUCUUGUCUCAUCUCAUUUCGCCGGCCACGGGAGUCACCCUAUAAAUCUUAUAUUCAACUGGUUCCCCCCCCCCCACCCUACCCCCCCACCCCAGAGCAGCUGCUGUUGCUGUGCUACUGUUGCCUCGUAACCUUUCCCCUCGUUGAGCUGCCACGAGGAGGACAGAGCGACAUAGGAUUCCCCCCCGAACUGAUUUCUCAGAUUCACACACUUGAGAGGGACAAACGUUUUGAAGCGUGUUAACUCGAACCCCCGGGAUUCGUGCACAUUUUGAGCACAGUUCACAACCAGGAGGUCAUACCACCAUCCUCCCUUUAUUCCUGAGGAACCUUUUGUCGUAACCAUGCAGAGAACUGGACUCUCCUGAAUGGAAAGCAGCUCAGCCGGAGCAGACUCUGAAGAACUGCAGGACAGAACAUUUCUGAAACACUUUUAAAGAGACUAAUGAGAGACGUUGCUUUUUUUUUUUAUUAAAGUGUAAAUCACAGAAAAACAGCCCAUAAAUGUUGUGACUAUGUUAUGUUGUAUUAUUUUGUGUUAUUCCAAUUCUCCGCAGUAUCCAACGUGAGUUCAGAUUGUCUUGUGUCCUGUGCAGUCAGCUGAACUGCAUAUUUGCAUCACGUAUGAAACACACGCUCGUUUUGUUAAAGGAACACAAUGUAACUUUUUUCUGAACAGCGCCCUCUGCAGGCUCGUUGCUCUGCUCGUCUGUGGUGCCUCCUCCACGGAUGCUAACACCUGCAGAUUUGUCGUAUCUUUGAUUGUUAAUAUUGUUGCGUGGUACAAACAGCCUGAUCUUUGUUCGGUACUUUGCCGUGUACGUUGUAGAACUCAAAAAACGUCCACAAGUCUCUUCUCAGAUGCAUCUCUGUCCUCACUCUUGGUGUAGGACAUCUUGGAUUGCUAGCAUCCUCCAUUUUUUUGGCAAAAUGACGCAACAUACCAGCUCACUUUAUAGAUACAAGCGAGGCAGGCGAUAGGUCGAGCUGACAGUGAGUGCCCUCUGCUGGAUCAUGUGGUAAACUACUUCAGAUGGUCUCAUGUGCUUCUCUUUGGAAUAUUUACAAUUUCAACCAAACAUUAGAAUCUUCGUGUCUGAACAAAUCAGGGGUUUUCAUGUCGAAAUAAAAACAGUAUUAAUGUGUCGUCCCACUCGCUGAACUAAAAACACAAGUGAACGUUGGAUAUUACCCAUAAUCCCCGACUUCCUGAUCCAGAAGAGAAACAAAUAAGACUCUGUUUAGAAUUCUUCAUAUUUAGCAGUUAUUUUAGUUUCCUUGGCUGAUUAUUGGAGAUAAACGCUGGUUUUUAAUGACUUCUAAGUCUUUUCAACUGAUCUACAGUCACUCAACAUUACUCUUCAACUUGCUGGAGCUGAGGAGAACAAGAACAAACAUUCAUGGUGAAGUAGGAAUUAAAUAGGAAUGAAUUAAUCCCUUCUCUUUAUUCCAAGUUAGUGUCUGAUCAAACUACUUCUGAAGCUUCUAUUUGAAGGGGAGACGUGGUGUAGCUCUACAGUGACCUUGAGAUCUGAGUGAUGAUGUGCCGGUGGUAACAGUUACAGCACGAGGGUCACUCGCUGGCUUCGCUGGCAGUCACACACUUGCCGUCUCGACGGAGCGUGAUUAUUUUUAGAGCUCGCGAUGUGAGGUUAUUAUUGGAUUAGAAUCUGGACCCGGAUCAAUUUGCUUUUCGUUAUUGGCCGAGAAACAUUUCGGACCGGCCAAGGAUCAGACUGUGUGAUCCCCUUACCUCUGCUGAGUGGGAAAAACAAGGACAUUAAUUCAUAUUACAUUUUAUCAGUGACAUCUAACAACCACAACUGGGGGCGUCAGGGGAAGAAAAACAUUUGCAAGUGAUGCAUAUUUUCAAAACUCUACAGAUACGAGGUAUGAUGAUAUAAUCAAAACAAUGCUUAUAUUAAGCUGGUGUCUUACACACACACACUCACACAGACACACACUUCUGACCACAACACAAAGAUCAAACCAUUGAGACGAGUUGCAUUCAAAGUAUUUCUCACAGACAUGUUACAUUGCACCGCGUCGUCCUCGAGCCGGUUUCUGUUUCUCAUCAAUGCAGCUUGUAAAAAAGAAAGAGGAGCUGGAUAUGAACCAUGAAAUUAAAGAUUCCACCGAGUGAUCCGUGUGAACACACACUGCAUUUCAUAACUCGCAGCUUAUAACAACACACUCCACCGUGGAGUAUUUACUGAAGGUACAUGUGGCAAGAAGAUAAAGUGUAUCUGGAACUUGUAUAACUGCAUUUGACAUGUUUAUUAGCAUACUAUAAUUUAACAUGUGUGUAUGUAAAUCAGCUUUCCCGAGGAAAGCGCUUCUUUUUAUUUCUCUGUUUUUACUCUGCCAGAAGUACAAAUGGUGUUUUGAAGUUGAGCAUAAAACACACGAGUUAAGAUAAUAACCCUGGAGAAAUGUGCCUUUGAUAACUCUGCUUUUACCUCAUUAAAUUCUAGAUUUUGCAGAUUUAUUUAAACAUCUUUUGUAACAUGUGGUCAGUGUUGUGUUGCUAGAUUAAAUAAAAGAGCAUGAGAUGCACU